AUGUUGGAAAGUCGGAAAGAGUUGGAAAGGCACCGAAGGGAAAUCGGUGAGUUGAGACAUGUUCAAGUGACAAUGAUAUCGAAAAUCUUUUCAGUUAUGGAGACGAGAAGGGAAUACGUCGGACGGUGUCAGAGACACACAGGCAAGCCCGAGAUCAAUGACGCUGGAGAAGAGGAGGAAAAAACUUAG